AUGCCAUUCUCCCUUCCGUAUUUCCGGGAUGCUCGUCAAUUACCAGCGCCUCUUUCAGAUCAGGAUGAUAUUGAACGGGCAACACAAACCCUUCCCAAGGGAUCAGACUACGGUGGGCGCCUGGUCGUGAUCAGAGACACAUAUGCAAAUAAAAAUUUAAUUGUCGGACAAUUGCGAUGCACCUUCGAUGAAAUGAGAGCGCUGCCAUCGCCCGGAUUCUACGGCAGUGUCAAUCGAGGACCCAUCCCCCACAGCUUUCUCUCCGACUUUCUUGCCCGCCACCUCCCAUAUGCCCUGCGCAAUCAUCCGCCGACGUUCACCCACGGAGAUCUCUACAAAGAGAAUGUCCUCGUGAGGAAGGCUGCCAAGUCUGUCACGAAUGAUGAAAAGUAUGAAGUAGCUGGUCUGGUGGACUGGGAAACGGCGGGAUUGUAUCCCUCGUACUGGGAAUACGCGCAUAUAUUCCCUUUAUUGCAGUUGAUUGACGACUGGCCGGAGUAUACUGAGAAUGUUCUUGAUCCUUUGACCCUGGAGGGAGCCAUGAUGCGGUUUGUCUUUAGUGAUCUGGAGUUCUAG